AUCCCACCUCUCACAUACGUCUUACUCCCCUCUCUCCCUCCUGCUCUUCUUCAUCACUCACAUCUCUCAGUAUUUCAGAGUUUAAAAGAUGUCCUGGACGUAUGCAACCCUCUUGGCUCUCCUCACUGUGCUUUUUGCACUUUCAUGGUCUCCGGAGGCCAGCUCUGCAGCUGUGCCCGGUAGCACAGGCAGCACUAAAGAUCCUCAAGGUCCACUGAAAAGGGUCUUCAUGAAGCAGGCCGAUGCCUCAAACUUCUUCAGAAGACGCAACAGACGUGGUGUGAAGUCCCAGGAUGAGCUGGACGCUGAGCAGAGGCAGAUUUUGGCUGCAGAUGAGCGGAAGAGAGAGUUUCACGAGGAGAAGCGGAACGAGUUUGAGAGCUACGCUGAGGAGGAACAUGACGAGCAAAACGAGAGGAGCAGAGAGAGCACCGAGCAGUGGAGGGAGUUCCACUAUGACGGGAUGCAUCCUGCCUACGAGUACAACCGUCACUCCACCUAAGAGUGAUAAGAGGAGACGUGCGACUGCUACAUAGCGAUGCUUUUCCACACAAAAUGUGACCGCUAACAUAGUAAAGGCAACGACUAUACAAUGUAUUUUUCAUUUUUAACUAGAUUAAUGAUUAAUUGACUAAUCACGUGGUGUAGAAAAUGUUAGAGAAGUGUUUAAAAAUGGUCUGACAAAGU